CAGAGGCCACACCCUGUGUCUCCUGUCCCUUAGACAGUCUCUGUAGCUCUGUCCACAAGCACAGCUGCAGCCUCCAGGAAGAGAUGCCAUGACCUUCACCUUCACAGCUCUGCUCUGUCUGGGACUGAGUCUGCGACAUGGGACACCAGUGCUGGCAGGAACUCUCAAACCUAUCCUCAGUGUACAGCCAGACUCUGUGGUCUCUGUACAGACUACAGUGACAUUCUUAUGUGAGGGGACCACAGGAGCCCAAGGAUAUCGUCUGUACAAAAAUGGAAAAUACAGGCGCCAAGAGAUUCCUCCAAAUCCGAAGAACAAGGCUGAAUUCUCAAUCUCAAAAAUAAGCUCUCAAGAGGCAGGGCAAUAUACCUGUCAAUAUUGGACCUAUGGAGGAGGAUGGUCACAGCAGAGUAAUUCCCUGAAGCUGGGGGUGACAGGGGCCUACAGUAAACCCAGACUCUCAGCCCAGCCAAGCCCUGUGGUGACUGAAGGAGGGAAAGUCAACCUGCGGUGUGAAUCAAAUCAAUGGUAUCACAAGUUCAUUCUGACUAAGGAAGGACCACAGAAGCAAUCCUGGACACUGGACUCAAAGUAUGACCAUAACACUCAGCAGUACUAUGCCCUGCACCAUGUGGGUCCUGUGACCUCCAACCAAAGGUGGACAUUCAGAUGUUACAGCUUUGACAGUAACCAACCACUGGUGUGGUCAGAACCUAGUGACCCCCUGGAGCUCCUGUUCUCAGGGACCCUCCACAAACCCACCAUCAAGGCUGAGUCAGGCACUGUGGUCGCCUCAGGAAGCCCCAUGAACGUCUCGUGUCAGGGAACCCAGGAUGCAGAAAUGUGCUUUCUGCAUAAAGAGGGAAGCCAACAAUCCUGGGGUACACAGACUCCAAAGGAGUCUGGGAACAAGUUCAUAUUCUCCAUUCCUUCUGUUGCAGACUACAGUGGGGGGCAAUAUCACUGUUACUGUUACAGCUCAGCUGGCUGGUCAGAGCGCAGUGACAUCCUGGAACUGGUGGUAACAGGACUCUAUGACUAUAAACCACGCCUGACAGCACUGCCCAGUCCUGUAGUGACCUCAGGAGGGAACAUGACUCUCCAGUGUGUCUCAUGGGUAGGAUAUCACAACUUCAUUCUCACCAAGGAAGAUCAGAAGUUCCUCAGCUCCCUGAACUCGCAUUACAAUCCCAGUAUUGGGCAGUACCAAGCCUUGUUCUCCAAAGAUCAUGUAACACCCAACCACACAGGGACAUUCCGAUGCUAUGGUUACUACCAGCAAAAGCCACAGCUGUGGUCAGUACCCAGUGAGCCCGUGGAAAUACACAUCUCAGGCCUGUCUAAGAAGCCCUCUCUGCUGACUCACCAAGGUCAUAUCCUAGACCCUGGAAAGAACCUCACCCUGCAGUGUUGCUCUGACAUCAACUAUGACAGAUUUGUUCUGUACAAGGUGGGAGAAACAGACUUCACCCAGCUCUAUGGCCAGAGGACCCAGUCUGGCCUCUCCUUGACCAACUUCACACUGGACCCUGUGAGCCACUCUACUGGAGGUCAAUACAGAUGCUAUGGUGCACACAACCUCUCCUCUGAGUGGUCAGCCGCCAGUGACCCUGUGGACAUCCUGAUCAUAGGACAGCAUCUUGACAGACCUUCCCUCUCAGUGAAGCCGAACUCCACAGUGCAGUCUGGAGACAACGUGACCCUGCUGUGUCAGUCAACAUACACAGCUGACACUUUCAUUCUGUCCAAGGAGGGAGCAACACACCAACUCCAGAAAAUGAAAUCCAAGUCACAAGAUGGGGAGCUCCAGGCAGAAUUCUCCAUGAGUGCCGUGACCUCUGCCCACUCAGGCACCUACAGGUGCUAUAGUUCUCAUGACUCAUCUCCCUACAUGUUGUCACAUGCCAGUUUCCCUGUGGAGCUCUCUGUCACAGGUCACAUUGGAGCCUCCAUCCCACCACCCUCAAGUCCCUUGCCAACAGCUGGUCUGGAAAAGUACCUGAAAGCUCUGAUCGGAGUCUCUGUGGCCUUCCUCCUGUUACUCUUGAUUCUCAUCUUUCUCCUUCUCCGGCGAAGGCAUCAGAGAAAGUUCAAAACGGAAGCCCAGAAAGGGACAGAAUUGCAACUUCCUGCAGGAGACGCAGAGCCAGUAACCAGAGACAGAGGCCGCAAGAAGAGAUCCAACCUAGCUGCUGCCAUCCAGGAAGAAAGCCUUUAUGCUUCAGUGGAGGACAUGAAACCUGAGGAUGAGGUCAAGAUGGACACUUCGAGACCAUCUGAGGAAGACCCCCAGGGAGAGACAUAUGCCCAGGUGAAGGACUCCAGGCUCAGGAAGACAAAAGCUGUCCAUCCUUCUGUCACAUCAAGAGAAGUCCCAGAAACAAAUGAUGAACAAGCAGAAGAGGACAGAGAGACAGACACCCAGGCUGCUGAAUCUGAGGAGCCCCAAGAUGUGGUCUAUGCCCAGCUGUGCAGCAGGUCACUCAGACAGGGGACAGCUGCACCUCCUUCCUCCCAGGCAGGAGAAGCCACAGAGGAGCCCAGUGUAUACGCUGCUCUGGCAGUCGCUCGACCAGGUCCUGUUCCCAAUAAUGAGGAUCAAUGACCCUCUACCUGCCUACAGACACCUCUGAGGGUCUCUGUGAACUUGGCUGCAUUUUACUAACAUCAUAUAUUUUGGAAUUAAAGCAGAUUUGUCAAUAA